AUGGCAGUGGCGGCAGACUCGUUAAACAUCUUUCAAAACGUACACUUUGACGAAACUAUAAUCAAGUCAGAUGUCCAUACUUAUCUUCCGUACGGAGGGUCUUCGAACUAUGGGCUUUCCAGUGAAAUCCGUAUAUUAAUUCAAAAUCAAGACCUGGUGACUGCCACAUACGACAGCUUUCUAUACAUAGAAGGAAAAAUUGAAUGGAAUCAGCCUCAAGAAGAGGGUGCGAUCGCAAAGACAUGCAACCUAACGAACAAUUUUGCGGCAUUUCUUUUCGAAGAAAUACGCUACGAGUUGGGGGGUCAGAAAGUAGAUGUAUGUAGGAAUCCGGGUAUUACAUCCUCACUCAAGGGAUACGUAUCGUAUACAGCUACUGAAAGCAAAGGUCUCAAACAUUUGGGAUGGUCGCCCAUGGAUGAGUCCCUUCAAGUAGACUACGUCAAGAGCAACAAGGAGAAGCAUUUCACCGUUUGCAUUCCGUUAAAGCACAUAUUUGGAAGUAUGGAAGACUAUCGUCAAGUUAUCGUAAACAUGCGCCAAGAAUUGGUACUGAUUCGUGCUAGAAGCGAUGCCGAUUGUUACAUGGGCACAGCGAACGAUGCAACAAUAACAUUAACAAAAAUUCAAUGGAAAGUUCCUCACGUGACAGUUAGCGACAGUGCCAAAAUUGGGCUAUAUGAGCGCAUUAACAAGGAUGCAAUAAUUACAAUGCCGUUUCGUCAAUGGGAACUGUACGAAUUGCCCGCUUUGAAACAGGCACAGUCGGAUAUAUGGCCAAUCAAAACGUCAACCCAAUUAGAGAAACCUCGAUGGGUAAUCGUAGCAUUUCAACGUAGUGGAAAAAGGUUUUCGCAUGAGGCGAGAGCGACCAAUUUCGAUAACGUCAAUAUCCGCAAUCUAAAGCUUCAUCUCAAUUCUGAAAGUUAUCCGUACGAAGCGAUGCAUUUAGAUUUUAGUGCCAACAAAUAUAUAACCGCAUAUCAAAACUACGUAAACUUUCGUAGAGAUUAUUACAUCAAGGACGAGCAAGACGCUUUGUUUGAUUAUUCUUAUUUUAAAAGUUGUCCAAUCUUUGUAAUGGAUUGUUCAAAACAAAACGAAUCUCUGAAGCAUUCAACGGUAGAUGUUAGAUUGGAAAUGGAAUCGAUGGAGGCCUUCGAGGCGGGAACCGUUGCUUAUUGUCUGAUCUUGCACGACGCCCUAGUUCAAUACAAUCCUUUGACUGGAGAAGUGAAGAAACUAUAG